AUGUCUCUUUCAGCUCAAGGUUUAGAUGCAGCCUUUUUUGGUGCAGGAAAAAAAGUGUAUCCUUUCCUUUUUCUAGAAAUAUGGUGUGUUGAGAAUCUUGGUUUGGUUGUUGUCCCAAAGUCUUUGCAUGGGAAGUUUUACUCAGGGAGUGCAUAUUUGAUUUUAAAUACAAUAUUGUUGACGGAUGGGAUGCUUGAACAUGAUGUACAUCAUUGGCUUGGAAACGAUGCAAAUGAGACAGAUUCACGAAUGGUUUCCGAUAAAGCUCUUGAAUUAGAUGUGGCCUUAGGAUCUUGCACUGUGCAAUACAAGGAGCUACAAGGUCAUGAGUCGGAAAGGUUUUUAUCAUAUUUUAGACCUUGUUUUAUUCCAUGUGAAGGAGUAUACACGGCAGGACCAGAGAGGUCGAAUAGAGGCACAUACCAUAUUAGUUUGUUGGCAUGUAAAGGUGAUCAUGUGGUUUCGGUUAAAGAGAGCACAAGUAUUGUAAUAUCUCACUUUGAAUGUUCGAAAUGGGAUCAUAAUCGUGCCAUGUCUGUCUACACAUUAAGGAUAAAUCUCCAGGCUAAACUUUGCGAGACUUUGAGUAUACUUAGUAAGGAAAUGCUAUCUAGAGCAAAAUGCUACAUGUUGGAUUGUGAUGCACAGGUAUACGUCUCUAUCACAGAACGUUAAACAUCGAUAGCUGCAACAGAAGAUUUCCUCAGAUCCCAAGGCAGAUCAACAAAGAGCCUUGUAACUGUCCUGGCAGAAGGCUCGGAAACUCCUGAAUUUAGAUCUUACUUUGUUGAUUGGUCUCAAACAGAAAACUCAAAAUUGUAUGAAGAAGGCAAAGAGAAAGUAGCUGCAAUAUUCAAGCAACAAGGUUGUGAUGCAAAGGAACUUCCAGAAGAAUACUGCCAACCAUUGACAAAUUGCACAGGAAAGCUUGAAGCUUGGUUGGUAAAAGGUGAUCAGUUAUCUAUUGUGUCAUGUGAUGAAGAUAUAAAGCUUUUCAGUUGGGAUUGUUAUAUUUUGAAGUAUACAUAUUCACGUAGUCAAAGGGAUGAAAGCAUAUUGUACGCUUGGCUCGGAAGUGAAUUUAGCUUAUAUAGCGGGUCUUUGGGAAAUGACUCAGUUUCUGUGAGAGUCAGAGUUGUUGAUUCUUCCAUUAUUAGUGUAUUUAUUGUUGAUUCAUCCAUUAUCAGUUUGUUUACUGCUGCUGCUGCUUUAAACUUAGGUCUCACAGUUGACUCUAAUCUUUAUAUUUACCUUUGUCAUAAAGCGCAAAUAUUUGAGGACAAGGAGCCAGUUCAGUUUUUCUGGAUUACCCAGAGAUUAAUAAACUUAAAGGGAGGUACAUCCAUGAGGUACAGAACUUCAAUGGUUGAUGAAGGCUUUGCAGACUCGUAUGAUGCCAACAGUACAGCGUUUUUUCGUGUUCAGGGAUCAAGUCCAGAGAAUAUGCAAGCCAUUCAAGUUGACAUGGUUGCAGGUUCUUUGAAUUCUUCGUAUUGUUUUAUAUUACAGAAUAAAUCAGCUGUGUUUUCUUGGGUUGGAAAUCUAACUUCAAGAAGAGAUCACGACUUUCUUGACUGGAUGUUGGGAUUGCUUAAUCCUGAUUGGCAACCUAAAUCCUUGAGAGAAGGUGGUGAACCUGCAGAAUGCUGGAUGCUUCUUGGUGGAAAAGCAGAAUAUCCUUGAAAAAAGGAAACUAAAAAGCAAAAAGCAUUUAUUUAUGAUUUCAAGAGGACAGUUAUUUUAUUAGUGGAGAUUAGUGGAGCAGUUACUAGGACAAUUAGGAGCAGUUACCUGAAACCUUUUAGCAGCAACAAUUCUAAAUCGUUUUUGCAGCUUCAUCAUUUACCAUUAACAUACCUAAAACCCAAACAUGGCAGACGAAUCAAGACUGUCAUAGCACCAAAUCAACCGGUCACAAUGGGGCAAUUGUUGCAACUGUUCAAACAGUUAUACUCCAAUCAACCGCCCACUGAAACCGUGACCAACACCCAUACCCUCUCCAUCUCAGAGAAAUUAACAAAUCAAAAUUACACAAAAUGGUCCAGGUUGAUGCACUUAGCCAUUAGUGAACGAGAUCGUCUCAAUCACAUCAUAGACGAUCCGCCUUCCACAAAUGACCCAGUGUACAGCCAAUGGAUCAAACGUGACUCGAUUGUUAUCUCAUGGAUCUUAGAGAAUAUAGAUUCUGACUUAGUGAAUCAAUAUCUUGAUUUCCCAACAGCCAAAGCUUUGUGGCAAGGGAUUGAAACUCUCUACAGUAGUGGGAGAGAUGGCCUGCAAAUUUUCGAUUUAACAGUUAAGGCAAAUAAAAUCCAGCAAGGAACAGACACAAUCGAGACAUAUUACAGCAGCUUCUCAUGGUAUGGAAGGAAAUCGAAGGAAGACAACCAAACCAAAUGA